AUGGUCUUUAAGAAUUUAUUCAAAUGGGGCGAAGUCGAUCAUGCACGUGUUCAACAACUCAAGGAAAAACUCGCCUCCGUGUUGGAUGUCUAUGAAAAGAUUUUGGCUAAACAAACUUACAUUGGAGGAAAUCAAUUCACUUUGGCCGAUUUGAAUCACUUGCCUUAUGGAAAUUUCUUGUUUCAUCCUAAUAUCAAUGUUGGACAUUUGAUUUUGAAACGUCCUCAUGUCAAAGCAUGGUGGGAAAAGAUUAGCAAGAGAGAAUCAUGGGUCCAAACGAUGAAAUUGGCUGGUAAUUAA